GCCGUGCACAUCUGCCAGGCUACCCUGGUGCAAUAGGAGCCACCCAGCAGGUUUUUCCUCUCAGCCUGCUCCAGGGCCCUGAGCUGUUCUGUCUCCACCUCUCCCCGGCUGGGCACUCCUUGGCUCUCUCGCUCAGCUGGUGCACCUCUGCCAGGCACAGGAUGUAUGCACCGGGCACCAGAGCAAAGAUGUCCAGCAUCUUUGCCUAUCAGAGCUCUGAGGUGGAUUGGUGUGAGAGUAAUUUCCAGCACUCGGAGUUGGUGGCCGAGUUCUACAAUACGUUCAGCAAUGUGUUCUUCCUCAUCUUUGGACCCCUCAUGAUGUUCCUUAUGCACCCGUAUGCCCAGAAGCGUUCCUGGGGUAUCUAUGGAGUGUCAGUCCUCUUCAUGGUCAUAGGUCUGUUCUCCAUGUAUUUCCACAUGACACUCAGCUUCGUGGGGCAGCUGCUGGAUGAGAUCUCCAUCCUGUGGUUGCUGGCCAGUGGAUACAGCGUGUGGUUGCCCCGUUGCUACUUCCCUAAGUUCAUCAAGGGGAGCAGGUUCUACUUCAGCUGCCUGGUAAUUAUGACCACCAUUAUCAGCACCUUCUUGACGUUCGUGAAGCCCACAGUCAAUGCCUAUGCCCUCAACAGUAUCGCCAUACACAUCCUCUACAUUGUACGCAAAGAGUACAAGAAGACUAGCAACAGGGAUCUUCGGCAUCUGAUUGCUGUCUCUGUGAUCUUGUGGGCCGCCGCCCUGACCAGCUGGGUCAGCGACCGUGUGCUCUGCAGUUUCUGGCAGCGGAUUCAGUUCUUCUACCUGCAUAGCAUUUGGCAUGUCCUCAUAAGCAUCACUUUCCCUUAUGGUAUUGUGACCAUGGCCCUGGUGGACGCCAAGUACGAGAUGCCAGAUAAAACCCUCAAAGUCCACUACUGGCCUCGGGACAGCUGGCUCAUUGGGCUGCCCUAUGUGGAGAUCCAGGAGAAUGACAAGAACUGCUGAGCUCUGCGAAAGUCUCUGCUCACCGUCCGACCAGCCACCCAGUCUCCUGUGUUCUGAGGAACAGAG